UGGCGGCCUGACCCGGUGUCCGGGUAAGAUGGCCGCGGUGGGUGAGUGCUCGUUCCCAGCUCCAUGGCGGGCGGUCUCUCUCACUCACGUCGAAUAUCCUGCAGGUGAUUUCUCUGGUCAACUCUUAGCCUACUUGAGUCUUAGUCCAAUUUUUGUCAUUGCUGGCUUUGUCACACUCAUCAUAUUCAAGAGAGAGCUUCACACGAUCUCUUUCUUGGGUGGGCUGGCUCUCAAUGAAGGAGUGAAUUGGUUAAUAAAGAACAUUAUCCGGGAACCACGGCCCUGUGAAGAAGCCCAUUCAACAGUGACCACAAAAUACGGGAUGCCAUCCAGCCACUCCCAGUUCAUGUGGUUUUUCUCUGUCUACUCGUUCCUGUUCCUUUAUUUAAGAAUGCACCAAACAAACAAUGCCAGGUUUCUGGAUUUAUUGUGGCGACAUGUCCUGUCCAUCUUCCUGGUGACAGUGGCCUUUCUAGUCUCUUACAGUAGGGUUCAUCUGCUCUACCACACCUGGAGCCAGGUUGUAUACGGAGGUGUUGCAGGCAGCAUCAUGGCUGUAGUCUGGUUUGUCUUCACACAGGAGAUUUUAACUCCUCUGUUCCCAAGGAUAGCUGCAUGGCCAAUUUCAGAGUUCCUUUUAAUCAGAGAUACUAGUCUCAUUCCCAACAUCCUGUGGUUUGAAUACACUGUCACCAGAGCAGAGGCAAGAAACAGACAGCGCAAGCUGGGUACAAAACUUCAGUGACUCAAGGCAUGGGAACUAGAAUGCAUGAUUUAAUGGAGAAGGACAAGACUAGAGACCUGUACAGACCUGGGAGCAGCAAGGAGCUUUUUAACAGACGGACCAAAGGAACAGGCAGGGACCACACCCAGAGCUCGGAGGCUUUUGCUCUGGCUUUUUGCAGCUAGCUGGAUGCUCCCUGAUGCAUGUGGGACCGUGCAGGAGCAGAACUUCAUUUAUACCACAAAUGCGCAUUGCCAGUUGGAAUGUACUAUCAUGUCUAAGUUGGGGGAGGGGGGAACAAUACCUGGUAUCUCAUUUGGGGGAGGGGAAGAAAAUAGUGACUUUCUUUUUCCAGCAUGAAAUAUACACACUAUUUAUUUAUUUUAUUUUUUUUUUCAGAAAUGGAACUAUUAUUUUUGGGAUGGGUGAGGUGUUGAUUGUGUGUGUUGGGAGAAGACAAAACUAAUCUCAGUUGAUCAUGCUUAAUUUAGGUUUUUUUAUUUUUUGGGAGGGGCAGAGAGGGAAGGAAGAUUUGUUUCCUUUCUGCAACAGUUUGGGAGACCUGAAAUCAAUUCCAGCUGCACUUUGUAAGGAUCUAAAGAAGGAACUGAAGACUUGCUUUUAACACUAGUGACAUUUCUGCGUGCAAACCUACACGGAUGCCAUUAAGGGUGGGUGGGUGGAGGGGUGUGUGUGUGUGUGUGUGGGUGUGUGCGUGUGUGUAAACACAGAGGAAAAACUAAAAUAUACUAAUUUUUUUUUUCCAUUGCUGUUCCUGUUGUGUAAUUAGUAAGAUUGCUCAUUUGGGCCCCCACGUUUAAGUGCCAGCCACAUAUCAUCAUAUUACAUUAAUUCUUCCUUUAUACUUUUGUUAGAACCUGUACAAACUCAGCUGCUGAACUUAAAUCAAACUGUUACUGAUUAUUUAAAAUUUAAAUAGCAGUGGCUUUAACUGGUAGUUAAGAUACCACAAGUGGUAUGUGAGUAAGGAUUAGGCCCAAGUCAUUGUAAAACUUUACGUAUGAAUAAGGUGACUUCUAAUGGUCAGUUCAUGCCCCCUAAGCCUGAUGGGAAGACAUUUACUAGUGAAAUAUUAAAAAAAACAAACAAACAAAACCCCCCCCAAAAAUUCAUGCUACUAAGUACUAAUGACUGGCUUGGGUACUGGGGAAAUUGCUGUUGAAGAGCCCAGUAAGAUUGAUAUGCAGGGUGUUGCUGUUCUUCUGUGCUGGAAGCAGCAAACAUUUCUCACAUGGGUUUGGUUUUGAUUCUGCAAUAGCAGCUUAGAAUACAGAACUCCUCCUGCCAACUGUAAUUUGCCCAAACUUGUAAAAGCACUUAUUGGAAUGACUGUCCUCUUCCGGAGUUCUAGACACAGUAAGUUCUGCUGCAAGCUGUCUGGAUGCCAUUCCCUUUGCAUGCGCUGUUUAGCGCACUCACACUGCAGGCACUUGCAUCCUCUGCAGUGUGCUGGUAAAUAUUUUUGAGGGGAAUCACCCCAUCCUUGACUCAGCAGUGCUCCCUGAAUGUACUUCAUAGCUGUGCAAAGACUAUUCUAUUCCACUUGGCCUAUAAUCAAGCAAUUCCUAUGAAGUCCCAUAAUUUUUUUUUUUUAAUUAGGCUACGCAAGGUUAUGGUUGGCUUGAAGCCUUCCUAGGGUUUAACCCAGCUGUUCAUCUGCAUUAAACAUAAGGCGGUUGGCAUCCGUAUGAUAGUCAUGUUUGGUAGCUGUGUGCAUAAGUCUUUCUGCAUGCUUGCUAGGCUUCCAUUAAAAAGCAACUCUUGCUUCAUAUAAAAGUCUGGUAUGUUUGAUGCACUUUUUGCUCAUAUCUGAUCAUCUUUGUAUUUCUUGACCACCUUAAUUUAAACACAGCAUUUCUAAGAUUUCAUCUGUACCUGUUGCUAUGAUCCCGUGUGCCCCUGGUGAAAGUUGACUGCUGUAGAAACUGUCCUGCCUAAAUCAGAGGGUUAACCCCAGGAAGAGGUGAGCUUUUUAAACCUGAUGCAGAGAUUAAGAAUGACAACCAUUUUUAAAAACUUUUAAAAAGUAAACAUUUAAAUAUAUUUAAAGACUGUAGCGGCUCAUUAAGAUUGCUCUAAUCCUUAAUUUAAAAAUUUGCUCUUGGGAUAAACUCAAACCAAUUUCAUAGUCAUUGCGGUGGUCUAGUGCAAACUCCCACUGGAAAAGCUCUGUCACUUACUUGGAAAAACCAUUAGUUUUAUAUGUAGGAUCUUGGCGUGAGCUGUAUAUAAGGUCUGAUUCAAUGAAUGCUGAAGUCAGCAGGAGUCUUCCCACUUAUUUCAAUGGGAUUAGGCCCGUAACUAUUCCAUCUAAAAAAGCCAAGUGAGUAGAUAAAGUGCAGGAAAAGAAUGUGCUGGUAGUUCAAUAAGCCAGGUACUAAGCAUAGCUACUUGAAUGGGGCACCAAGCUGGGAAAUUAAGAACAGCUGGCUGUGUUUUGGCUCCAUGCUCCUCAGGCAACUGUUUAUAAGUAAAAUUUUCAAUUCCCCUCCAUUUCCCCCCUCUGCUAAAUCAAGUAAGUCCAAAAGGGGCAGUUUCAUCCUUCCCAAGGAUGAAGCAGUAAAAAAGUAAAUAGAGGUAACUAACUCUCCCCUGACCUCUCCAGUCCAGGUCUCAAAUGUGACAGUCUCUGUGGAUCAUGUUAAACAAGUAGUACAUCUCAACCUGUUUAAGGGAAUCCCUUGGAGAAGAUGGAGGCGUGUGUGCCCUUCUUCACUCUAGCAUAGCUGCUGCCAUAUCUGCCCAGUCCUUCAGAAUGUUUACUAUAGUUCGGGGAGGCAGAAUUUCCAUAAUGCCCUCAUGUCAUCAUGGCUAUAUGUUAUACGGUGUUGGAGAAGAGAAAGUAAUGGCUAAAAUCAGACAUCCAGUAUUGAAGGGAGAAGGCUACCUACAGUUCCCUGAAUGAUGGAAACCAUUUCCUCUAGAACCACCCAUAACUUUCCAAUGAGAUGAUCUCUGCCUCCUCUCUCUCAUUCAGAGACUGGUGUAGAGAUAC